AUGGAGCCGUCCAAGGUGGUGGAUACGACAGAGAGGAAGGGCUCUGCGCCGCCGCCGCCGCCCACGUCGGAGUCGAAGAAGAACUACAAGGGGUUCGUGGCGGGGGUGUUCUCUGGGAUUGCGAAGUUGUCUGGUCAGUUCGACACGGUCAAGGUACGCCUGCAAACAAGCAAAGAUGGCCAUUUCCGAGGCCCGGUAGACUGCGUGCUGCAGACGGUGCGCAAGGAAGGAGUCGCGGGAUUUUACAAGGGUGCUACGCCGCCGCUGGUCGGAUGGAUGGUGAUGGACUCGGUUAUGCUUGGCUCUCUCACGCUGUACCGUCGACUACUCUUGGAGAAUGUCUUUUCGAGACCGGAAAUCCGCCGCAUCACCCCGUUCGCCGCAUACCAGAAGGACCCUAGCACACUGCCUAGUUUCGGACACGGCAUCGCGGGCAUCAUGGCUGGGACGACGGUCAGCUUCAUCGCGGCUCCCGUGGAGCAUGUCAAGGCGAGAUUGCAGAUCCAGUAUGCGGCGGAUAAGGCAGGGCGGUUGUAUAGUGGACCGAUUGACUGUACCAAGAAGCUGCUCGGCACGCAUGGAAUAUCCGGAUUGUAUCGCGGACUCUUUGCGACCAUCUUAUUCCGCUCCUUCUUCUUCUUCUGGUGGGGUUCGUACGACGUGCUGACUCGGAUGAUGCGCGAGCGCACCAACAUGUCGGCACCGGCCAUCAACUUCUGGGCGGGGGGCGUCUCGGCCCAGAUCUUCUGGAUCACCUCAUACCCGUCGGACGUGGUGAAACAGCGCCUGAUGACGGACCCGAUGGGUGGGGGGUUGAACGACGGACAACGACAGUUCCGGGGGUGGAAAGAUGCGGCGACCGCUGUAUAUAAAGAGCGCGGAUUGAAAGGGUACUGGAGAGGAUUUGUGCCAUGCUUUUUGAGGGCAUUCCCGGCGAAUGCGAUGGCGUUGGUUGCAUUUGAGGGUGUGAUGCGGUGGCUGCCUUAUCCAAUCACGCUGCUCCUCGCGGCCCUCCUCGCCUUCGGCUUCCUGAUCUUCCUCAUCUCGCCCUCUGCCUCCCCGCCCUUGGCCGACUCCGUCCACGCCGCGCCCCUCACCGACACCUCCGGCUCCUCGUCGCAACGACGAGUUCAAGACGCCGCCCAGAACCCCCUCUCCCCGCCCACCAAACCCUUCCACAAGGCCCAGCCCAUCCGCGAUGACGGCCAGAGCGCCCCGCCCCCCGUCGUCGACUACGACCUCAACUCCCUCACCACGACCAGCGACUCCGCCGGCCAGCGCGAGCGCGUCCUCAUCCUCACCCCACUAGCCCGCUUCUACCAAGCCUUCUGGGACAACCUCGUCCGCCUCGACUACCCGCACGAGCUCAUCUCCCUGGGCUUCAUCGCGCCCCACACCGCCGAAGGCAACUCCGCUGUCGCUUCCCUCGAAGCAGCCAUCAGCAAGACGCAGUCCGGCCCAAUCAAGAACCGCUUCGCAAGCAUCAGCAUCCUCCGCCAGGACUUCGACCCGCCGCUGCAGUCGCAGGACGAGAAAGAGCGGCACAAGAUGUCCGCCCAGAAAGCCCGCCGCGAGUCCAUGAGCCGCGCCCGCAACUCCCUCCUCUUCACGACCCUCGGCCCCAGCACCUCCUGGGUCCUCUGGCUCGACGCCGACAUCAUCGAGACCCCCCGCUCCCUCAUCCAGGACCUCUCCUCCCACAGUCUCCCCGUCAUCGUCCCAAACUGCUUCCAGCGCUACUACAACACGGAGAAAAAGGCCAUGGACAUCCGUCCCUACGACUUCAACUCGUGGAUCGAUAGCUCCACCGCGCAGGAACUAGCCGAUACCAUGGAUCCGGAGGAAAUCCUCCUCGAAGGCUACGCCGAGCUCCCCACCUACCGCUCGCUUAUGGCCUACAUGGCGGACCUCUCCUCCCCUAACCCCGGUCGUGUCGUCGACCUUGAUGGCGUGGGCGGUACAGCCCUCAUGGUCAAGGCGGACGUCCACCGCGACGGCGCCAUGUUCCCGCCUUUUCCGUUCUAUCAUCUCGUUGAGACGGAGGGGUUCGCGCGCAUGGCGCAGCGGUUGGGGUAUACUGUGCAUGGGUUGCCUGAUUAUCUCGUCUACCAUUACAACGAAUAG